AUGUUGCUCCAGCAGUUUCCCUUGCUUGUCAAUGCUUCGAAGGAGGAGCUACAUACUCUGGAGCGAUCUGUUCUGAAAAAGCUAGACUACAAGUUUCUCAUCAUCGUUACACUGAUGCUCUUGAUGAGUUAUCUCGACCGAAUCAACAUUUCGAAUGCUCGACUCGCUGGGCUGCAAGAAGAUCUUGGCAUGACAGACAUUCCCGCCAACAUUAUACUUGCGAAGACUAAACCUCGGAUAUUUUUACCAACUAUUAUGCUGGCCUGGUCUGCUGUCACGAUUUCUAUGCCAGCUAUGAAAUCCCCUUGGAGCUUUAUGCUCUGUCGUUUCCUUGUUGGGAUUACUGAAGGGCCGUUCUUUCCAGGCGUCUGCCUAGUAACAACUUCGUGGUAUACUAAGUCAGAGAGUCCUUCUCGCAUGGCGAUCUGGCAUGCUGGCAAUAUUAUAUCUAAUAGAUUCUCGGGUCUCUUAGCUGCUGGCAUUUUGACAAAUAUGGACGGGAUAGCAAAGCUUCGAUCGUGGCAGUGGUUCUUUCUAUUUGAGGGAAUUGCUAGCAUUUUGAUCGCAGGCCUCGGAUAUUGGGGUCUCCCAAACUACCCAUCCAAUUCACCGCACUACUUUUCACCAGAAGAGACUGAAAUGGCUCAGUAUCGUAUGACCGUCAGUUCUGGUGGACAAUCUGAAGACGACGAAGGUGGCGCCAUGACAGGAUUCUGGCAGGCUGUUAAGGAUCCUUUUACCUGGAUUUUUGCUGCUAUGCAUUUUACCAUUAUUCUCUCUCAAUCAUUUAAAGACUUUUUCCCCUCCAUCGUCAAAACUCUUGGAUACAGCAAAAUAGUGACCUACUUGAUCCAGGCUCCUCCAUACUUUGUCACAUAUGGCUUGACACUGCUUGUUUCUUGGUCUUCUGGAAGGCAUGUAGAGCACUGUUGGCACAUCAUCGGCGCUAUGUGUGUCUCUAUAACUGGCUGUGUGAUCAUGAUCAGCACUUUGAACACUGGCGCACGAUAUUUCAGUCUCUUCAUGCUCGUCACUGGUCCAUUCAUUGCUCUCAUUAUUCAUGUUCCCUGGGAGACAAGCGUCGUACCAGGCCCCCGUACGAAGCGUGCCGCUCUAAUCGCAAUUGCCAACAGUAUAUCGUCCACCUCUCAUUGGUUCUCCCCAUACUUCUUUCUCCGUAGCCAGGAGCCUCGCUACCAGACCGGUGGAGGUGUCAUCAUAGCAGGCGGAGGAGCUACUAUAAUUAUGUGCCUGAUUGCGAGGUGGUGGGUUCUGCGAAAAAAUAAGCAGCUCGAAAAGAUCCAAGAGGAAACAGGUGUAGUAAGUAGUUGGCGUUAUUGUACCUAA